UAAGUUAGAUGCGCCCGCAGUUGUUCCCCGGCGGCUGAGCUCAGUUUUAUUUUAGACAAGCAGGAAGCUGGACAUCUUAACCGUCCUUUUUGCUGGACAGCCAGAACAGAGGAUAGACAGGACAUGUCUGUUAGAGUUUUCAGAAGAAUGUGCUCUUGUUAGGAGUUAGGUCUGUCUUCUCCACGUGCUUCCAGAGUUUUACGUGGUUUCAUAGUUUUUUUUUACAAUUAUAGUGUUUUAAUGGGACGAGAAGACAUUUCCCGACCGCGCAGGAAGGAGGACAUCCCGGACAGGUGGCAGGACUACACAGCGGUGGGGAAGAGACUGAAAGGAACUCGCUUCAUCGCCUUCAAAGUCCCUCUGAAACAGGCUUUGAUUAGGACGCUCCCCCCCUCCGAGGUGUUUGGUCCCUGGGAGCUGCUGGAUGCUCUGAAGGAGGACAACUAUGAGCUGGGGCUGAUCAUUGACCUGACUUUCACCACACGUUAUUACAAUCUGCAGGACCUUCCUCAGUCACUGCUGUGUGUUAAGAUCUUCACAGCUGGCCAUGAGGUUCCCAGUGAUCAAACCAUCCUGAGCUUCAAGCGCACCGUCCACAGGUUCCUCCGAGACAACCAGGACAACGACAAGCUGAUCGGGGUCCAUUGUACCCAUGGACUGAACCGCACCGGCUACCUGAUCUGCAGGUAUCUGAUCGACGUGGACGGGAUGGCCCCUGCCCAGGCGGUGCAGCUGUUCAACUCGUCCCGGGGCUACGCUAUCGAGAGGCAGAACUACCUGGAUGACCUUCAGCACGGUCCAAAACGAAGUAACGCGGGCAUGGAGGAGUGUGAGCAGGAGCCACAGAGAGGCCAGGCCGUCCAGCGGCCGCCUGUCGCAGCUUCCCCCAGGAGAGUCCACUGCAACUACUACAGGUCACAUCGGCGUGGAGGACCGAGCCACCGCUCUCACCCGUACGCCCCUCAACCCGCCCACACACCCCGCCCUCCAUUACUCGCUCGCCCUCCAUUACUCGCUCAUCCUCCUCUGGCUCCUCCACCAGCCUUGUUCCAUCCCUACAGAUGGGCCCCUCAGCCCCCAGCUCAAUGGAGAGCCCCUCAUUCAGGCACCAACAGGUCCAGGUACCCCCCUCGACCUGUUCCACAGUGGAACUCCUCCUUUGCCUUGCUAGACAGAGGUGGAGCUCUUCCCAACCUUCCUCGUUACUGCCCCAACUGGACAUCUGUUGCUAAUGGAGACGGAUCAGCUGAGGGCAGGAGUGGGCCAAAUUUAAGCAACCAGGUCAGAACCUCCCAGAGACCCAGCGCUAACGGAUACGAUGGCUGUUAGUUACCAAGACAAAGCAGGUUAAAGGG